AUGGACGCGCCUGGCGCGAAUACGGCCAACGGGAGUGCCAACAAGGGCCUCUCGGAGCCCGAUACAUCUCGAAUCCCACCUACGGACACGAACCCUGACGAACACGAGCGACGUCAUGCAAACAGUGACGAUGAUUCAGAGGGAAGCGACCACGAUGCUGAAGAGGAAGAGGAGGAGGAGUCUGAUGAAGAGGAUGAAGAGGAUGAAGAGCCCCGGCUCAAAUACGCAUAUCUCACCAAGCACUUGGGAUCAGUAUAUCGUAAUGGAGACGCGACCAGCACGUUUCUGGUUGCAGGGGACAAAAUGAUUGUUGGUACACAUAAUGGAGUCAUCCAUGUUCUAUCCUUGCCGCUUCUGCAGCCCCUCCGUGUCUACCAAGCACAUUCAGCCAGUGUGACAUCCAUAUCGAUAUCGCCGUUUCCUCCGCCUUUGCCGAAUUUCAAGGCCGAUGCCCUCGCUAAGCAAGCUGCAGAAGAGCAUGGUUCUCUGUCGCGAGCAUCAUCAAGUGCGGGCAGUAUCCGCGGCCAGCCCAGACCGAACCAACAUUCGUCUGUCCCGGCUACGCCGUCGAACUCAUUUUACAUUGCGUCGGCCUCCAUCGACGGCAACGUGUGCGUCUCCUCGUUAGUGGACCCGAAGGAUAUUCUUAAGCGAAACUUUGGUCGACCUGUUCAAGCAGUCGCGCUCUCUCCGGACUACAAGAGCGAUCGGACAUUUAUUUCCGGUGGCCGAGCUGGUGAACUGGUCUUGACUACUGGUGGCCGUCUCGGGGUUAGCUCGAAUGCCACUACCAUGGGAGGUGCAACAGCAGCAGCAUCAAGUUGGUUGGGAUCAAUGGGCUUGGGUGCCAACAGUGGCAAGGACACUGUUCUGCAUAGCGGUGAGGGCACAAUUAGUACCAUUCGAUGGUCCUUAUCUGGGAAAUAUGUCGUCUGGGUCAACGAGGAAGGCAUCAAGAUUAUGCGAUCUAACUUGCACCUGGAAUCUUCGGAGUCGGAGUUUGCAUGGAAACGUAUCAGUCACAUCGAUCGCCCGAAUGGACCAGGCUGGGAGGAGAUGGCCAGCGUUUGGAAAGCGCGGGCAGAAUGGAUUGAUCAAGCUGCCCUGGACGAUGCAGACAAUCUGGACCCUACCAAUGAAACGACGCAUCAUAAGGCGCCUUCAAACAGCACUGACGAGAAAGUCGAGAAACUUGUGGUGGGCUGGGGAGGCACCGUCUGGGUUAUUGAUGUAUACCCAGACCGGGCAAGCAAGUCUUCAAAGGGCGAGAAAUACGGUUCUGCAGAGGUGUCUACGAUUUUACGAACGGAUUGUGUGAUCUCUGGCAUCUCAUUGUACACACAGCGUCUCCUUGUCGUCCUUGCAUAUAUUGAAGCAGAUAACGAUCCCGCAGAAGGCGAUGGCAGAAGCUCCGGGAUUCGUCAUCGACAGCGGGGCCUGGAGCCUGAACUUAGAAUUAUCGAUAUCGCGACAAAAGAAGAGCUCAGCGCUGAUACGCUAUCUGUCAGUCGCUUUGCAGGCUUGACUUCGUCUGACUACUACUUGAGCGUGCUACCUCCAUGGAGAACCCCAGAGGGACAAGUUGUUCAACGCGGUGCUUUGGGUGCCAUCGGACACGGUCUAUUGGAUGCUACUAUGUACUCGGCGCGACUCUUUAGCUCUGGCGCAAGUAUUCGCAGUACCACCAGCAGUGGCGAUAAGGUCUCCGGCAGGGUUCCCCCGUCUUUCAGCUCAAGGCAUCUCUCGGCGGAAGAUGGUCUUCCAAAGGAGGUGCAGGAAGUCGCGGGAGCCCCUGGCGCAAAGAUAUUUGUCCAUAGCCCGUACGACUGUGUUGUUGCUGUGAAGCGAGAUUUGUCCGACCGAUUGUCCUGGUUAAGCUCCUGUGGCCAGUAUGAAGAAGCAUGGAACCUCGUUGAUGAACACCCUGAAGCCGCAGGCCCAGCUCCAGACCUGAACGAGGCCACUGCAGGGUCUCUGAAGUCAAAAAACAGCCUCGGUGACUUUUUCGCUGAUGGCCAGUCAUCUGUUAUGACCGCUGGCCGAACAACAGCUCCAGCCGCGGAACAAGAAAAGGCUCGCCUUGGUGAACUAUGGCUUGAACAACUUGUUGGUGACGAGAAAUGGUCAGAGGCCGCCGAGGUUUGCGGAAAAGUCCUCCGUAACCCUGCUCGAUGGGAGCAUUGGGCAUGGGUCUUUGUCAAGAAAGAUCAACUCGACGAGAUCACUCCUCAUAUUCCCGUUGAUCUGCACCCUUCACUGCCCGCCGAAAUUUACGAAUUCAUCCUCAAUCACUACGUUUCUCGAGAUCUUAACCGAUUUAAGGAGUUGGUUGACACAUGGCCUUCCGAUUUAUUUGACCCAAAUAACGUGGCCGUGGCCAUCGAGGAACAAAUCAACUCGCCAUCCAUCGAAACCGAGUCCGAGGAAUGGCGAAUCCUCACGGAUUGCCUGGCCAAGUUAUUCCUCGUGGGUGGUCAUUACCGUGAGGCUUUGCACUGCUAUGUCCGACUCCAAGAUGCAGAUGCAGCCAUGUCCCUGAUCAAGGAACACCACUUGGUCGACGCAAUAUCCGAUGACAUCCCAGCUUUCAUUAUGAUUCGCAUUUCCAAAGCACAGAUGAAAUCGGCACCGAAGUCCGAGCUUGAAGAAUUGGCUGCAGAGCCAAUCCAGCUCCUCGCGAGCGAAGCUUAUACCGGUAUUGUCCGUCCUGAAACCGUAGUGUCGCAAUUGCAGGCCGCGAAUCGAGUCCUGUUCAUCUAUUUCUAUCUUCGUGCAUUGUGGCGCGGCGAGUCUCUUCCACAUGAGACCUCUAAGCCUCGAAGAGGCCGUGGUGCUCAUGCCCGGGAUGCAGCGAGCAAGCUAGCCGCAGACGAAGGAAAGGCACUGAUUGAUGGCUUUGCGGACACGGCGGUGGAAGUAUUUGCGGAUUACGAUCGACCUCUUCUCAUGGAGUUCCUACAAACGAGCAUAUCGUACACCUUCGAGACCGCCAUCCACAUCUGCGAGCAGCGCCGCUUCACGCAGGAGUUGAUCUAUCUGCUCUCAAAGAUGGGCCAGACAAAACGAGCUUUGAACUUGAUCUUGUCAGACUUGAAGGAUGUGUCUCAAGCAAUCUCGUUUGCGAAGUCGCAGGACGAUCCGGAUCUUUGGGAGGACCUUCUGGAUUAUUCGAUGGACAAGCCUAAAUUCAUACAUGGGCUUCUCGUUGAGGCGGGCACGUCCAUCGAUCCCAUCAAACUUGUGCGGCGUAUCCCAAGUGGGCUGGAGAUCGAAGGCCUUCGAGAUGGCCUCACGCGGUUGAUUCGUGAGCAUGACUUGCAAGCUAGUAUCAGCCACGGUGCCGCACGGGUCAUGCAAGGAGAGGUCGCUUUAGGAAUGCAUACAUUGCGCAGAGGACAACGACGCGGUAUCAAGUUCGACACUUUUGAGGAAAAGGUCAACAUUAUGAGGGAUGGAGACCUGACACCGACAGCGAAGACACACAACCAAGAGGCAGUGUCAGAAUCCAGUCUCUCUGCAAAGCGUGCCGGUCCUGGACCAGGGAAAUGCGGUGGCUGCAACGCCCGAUUCGAGGCAAAUGAGAAGGAAAUUCUCAUCGGCUUCGCAUGCGGUCACGUUUUCCAUCUCUCCCACCUGCACUCCGAAGCAUCGCAACAAUCCAACACAAGCAGCCCUACUGGAUCCGCAGGUCGGACUCCUCGGCCCUCGUCUCCAUCGGACGAACCCGCUUCUUUCACUGCCUCUCGCACUGUCGGACCUAAGGUGACGACAGCGCGACUUCUGCGUGAUAAGAUCGGAGACGGAUGUCGGAUCUGCGCUUUGACAAGAAAGAUCGAGUCGCUUGGCAGUGAAGUCGAAGCAUGA